AUGUCAGCCAAAUGUAGCAAAAUCCGUCACAUUGUUCGCCUGCGCCAGAUGCUACGGCGGUGGCGCAACAAGGCCCGCAUGUCUGCCAAUCGUGCACCGUCCGAUGUGCCUGCCGGACACGUGGCGGUGUGCGUGGGCAGCAACUACACAAGAUUUGUUGUGCGCGCGUCGUACCUGAACCACCCCCUUUUCAAGAAGCUUCUCCUUGAAGCCGAGGAAGAGUACGGCUUCGCCAACCACGGACCCUUGGCCAUCCCUUGCGACGAAUCGCUCUUCCAAGAGGCUCUCCGGUUCAUUUCCCGGUCCGAUUCCGACAAAUCGAACCGGUUUUUAAACCUCGACGAUUUUCAGAGACACUGCCACGUCAGCAUCAGAAACAACCUUGACUUCUGGCCCGAAUCUCGACCGAUCCUCCACGCCCUCACUGACAAAACCAUUUGGUAA